AUGGCCUAUCAGGAGGCCGCGCCUCAAGGUUUAACGGAAAGCGAGGCCACUGGCAAAGAGACUCAGCCGUUGCUCCAAAGAAAAGGCAGAGUCUCAACUACAUACAGACAGUGUUGCUGCUGCUCUCUUGGAACAACUGUCACAAUCUGGGCUGUUUUCCUCCUGGCUAUCUCAACCUACGUUCUCUUCGAUCGCAAUGUUUCUGGCGCCGCAUUCACCGCAGGUGGGGUCGUGGGCAUUAUAACAGCAAGCCUGUUGCUCUCUGCAAUCGGGAAAAGGAAUGCAUUCCCUGCAUUCGUGGCAGUUUACACCCAGAUUUCGCUAAACAUAAUAUGGGUAAUGCAACUGGGUCUCACCAUCUACUUGUACUGGAAAGUCCAGCAAAACGCUCCAGACAAGACAACCUACACAGUCGCUACAGCUGGAUGGAGACAACAUGAUAGAUCAAGAUGGUUCCCUGGCGCGAGCUUCUUAAUCAUAGAUUUGCCACUGAGCGUCGUUCUAUGCGCUCGAAUUGCAUUGCUAGGGCUCCUUCUGGUUCUUUCUCACGCUAACCUCAGGGUUUUGUGGAGUUUCUACCGCGUACUGCAAGCUGGCGGGACGACAUUUGAGUUUAAAACUGCGGAAGAAAUAGAGGAACAGGCCCUUCAAGCCCAGCUCCCUGCUCUCCCGUCUGCAUCGCCAACGCCCCGGCACUGGGAUCCUCUGGCGCAGGGAGCAUCGCGUUCCUCAAGCUACAUCAACCCUUGA